AUGCCUUCUUACCUCGUAACUGGUGUGAACCGUGGCAUUGGUUGGGCGUUCCUCCGCAAGAUCUCGGAUGACCCCAACAAUACCAUCAUCGGCACCGUCCGCGACAAGGCAUCCGUCGAGAAGAAGAUUGCCGACGAGCUUGGGAGCCGGUCCAACAUUCACAUUGUCGAGGUCGAAAUGGCAAGCUACGACAGCAUCAAGAAAUCCGUCGAUAUUGUGUCACAGAUCACCGGCGGCAAGCUCGACUACAUCAUCGCUAAUGCAGCCUACAUCUCAGACUGGCAGGCCUUCGAGCCCAUUGGAAAACUGGGAGAGAACCCCACAAAGCUCGAGGACGACCUCUUGCAGUCUUUCAAGGUCAACGUCGUCGGUAUCGUCCACCUUUUUAACCUUUAUACCCCGCUUGUCCUCCAGGGUGACGUCAAGAAGGUCAUCACCCUCAGCUCGGGCAUGGCGGACAUCGACUUGAUCAACCAGUACCGGCUCUACAACAGCGCCCCCUAUUCCAUCAGCAAGGGAGCCGUGAACAUCGCCGUCAGCAAGUUCCACGCCCAGUACGCCGCGGACGGGGUGCUGUUCAUGGGCAUCUGUCCCGGGAUGGUCGAAACGGGGCACAACAGCAACUUGCAGCCAGACCAGUUGGAGGGUGCUCAGAAGGUAGCUGCGAUUUUCAAUGAGUAUGCGCCCGGUGCAGGCUCCCGGGCUCCGGAGGACUCCGUCAACGACGUUAUGAAGGUCAUCUACGAAUCAAGCCUCGAGAACGGUCGUGGAGGUGCCUACAUUUCUCACCUGGGCUCUAAGAGAUGGCUGUGA